CUCACUGUCGUCAUCGUCGGCGUACGCGCUACGAGCGUCGUCGGUCAGGCGUCGCAGACAGUAUCGAGAUGGCCAUCCUCGGCUUCUUCAAGAAGGACAAGGCAAAGACCUCAAGUUCGCAAGCGAGCACGACCAGCUCCAUUGCGGCUGCUGUCGAUGACAAUGCAUCCUCUGAAGAUUACGUCCUCUCCCCGCCGUCUGUCCUCCUGCCCUCCGUCGGCAAUGGUGACGACGGCUAUACCUCCUCGUCGGCGAGCUUCAUCUCCGCCGCGUCGUCCAAGAAGCUCAGACUUCCUUUCAUCAAAAAGCCGUCCGCGGCCAGCUCGAGUCCUUUGCUCCCUUCCCUUGCACCAGCACGAAGUCCACUGAAUGCUUCUUCCGACAAACUUUCUUUGCGGCUCGAUACCUCCUUCAAUGGUUCUUCAUUGCACGCGCCUGUCUUUCCGGCGCAUCAUGUUUCAAGCUCUACUCCGACUCUGCCUCGCGCAGAGGCAAAUACCCGUCCCCAACCGAUGCCGUUGCAAAAGUCUGGCUCCCCUAACGCCCCAAAGUCCAGUGGCGGUCUGUUCGGCUGGCGAGAGCGCAGAAAAUCAAAACCGGCCAAGCCAGAUCCAGAGACUCUGGCACUUUCUCCCCUCACGGACGAGUCGUUCAACCUCAAGUCCUUCCGCCAUGUGUUACCUGAGACCCGGUCAAACUCCCCGUCAAACCGCACUCCUGCACAAUCACCUUCCCCGCAAUCAUUUGUUCCUCCCGUACGUCCUCGCGGCGCCAGCGUGGCUUCAACGGAUUCUUCACAGCGCAUUUCCGUGGCGGCAUUCCGGGAAGCACAAGCGCGUAGAAGCAGUACAAAUUUAGUGAGCGGUUCUCCAAGCCCAACAAUUCGCCCUGUUUCUUUGGCAAACUCGACCAUAUCGGACAUACCACCUCCUCCCAAAUUGCCUCUCUCUGUUCAAUCAUCUGGGUCUGCCUCGCCCGGACCAGGUCGCGAAAGGAAAUCAAAUCCUUCAAGGCAAUCCAAAGUAGCCUCGUCAGAUACGACCUCAUCCGAGGAAUCCGAUUCAGAUGAAUAUUCUCCCUCUCGCUCCCGCUCCCGCCUCAGUCGCCAGCGCACCAUAACGAGGCGCAGUUACGGGGCCAGUUCUGAUUUAGGUCACGGCAGUUCUCGCGUGGCCAACAAUUCACAUCACCAGCAAACAUCGUCGGCACGGUCAGAACUAGGCCAUGGAUCGUCUGCACAUGCCUCCCAUACUUCCCCGUCACCAUCUCGCGGCCCACCCCCAUCGUCUUUCCAGAAGUCGGCAGAAGCAUUCAUGGGAACUCGUUCAUUCAGUUUAUAUAGACGGCAAAGAGCUAGCUAUUCUACGAGUGAACUUAAUCCUAGUGCCGCCGCUCAGCGUGCGACUACCCUUGCAGAGGCUAAAAAGCGUGAACUUGCCGCUCAACGUCGAGCUGGCGGUGAUAGUGACACGUCAGAAUCCAGCUCUGACAGUGACUCCUCUGACGAAGACGCGCCACUGGCGGUAUUGAAGCAACCAAAACGACCUGGCAGUGCCUUCUCACACAGGAGCAGCGGCACGUCGACACCGUCUCGGAAACCACUAAUUGAUCUCAAUGCUAAGAGCAAUCCACUGUCUGGCAAGCCCAUUGCAGACAGUCACGAUCCUGAUCAGGAGAAACCGCGAACGACUUUGAUCAGUCCAACAAAUAUCAAUAACCGUCUAACGCAAUUGACGGCAGGUCUAACUGAUCACCACAACAAACCUGGUUCAAAGAGCGAAGCUAAUCUGUCAAGGGUCACGACUCCAAGACCAUCCUACGUAGAUCCUUCAAAGCCCGAUUCUCCAGCCUCUACCAGCACAAUUACUCCGCCAAUCCGCACACAAUCGCCGAAACCGUUACCAACUCAUUCCAAGCGAGCCUCAGUGCCCGUUCUCCCUGUUUCUAAUGAUUUCUCAAAGAGCAGAGCUGAGGACUCGCGUCCUGUACCAAUUAAAGACCGACCAGAUCGCAACACAGGGUUCAGAGUGGUAUCGCGCCCGCAAAAGUCCGCUACGACUCCUCCUUCCUUUGCUAUUUCAAUGGCUGGACCUUCGAACCAUCUGUCAAAGGAAUCUGGACCCGUUUCCCACCAUCGUCACUCAUCUUCGUCAACGCUCAUUGCAGUCUCACGCCCCCCGACUGACAUUUCUUCAAUUGCCACCAGGCCGCUCCUUGCGGCUUCUCAGAAUGGAAGUGCUGUCUCAGCCUCCGGUUCUUCAAUUUCUGGGACAUCGUCUUCGCAACGCACGGGUUCAGACGUGCAAAAGUUGUCCCAAAAGCCAUUCACUUUCGCUGGGAAACGUCAAGAAAGUCCGGCCAGCUCAACCGGUGGUUCAUCGAAUGGAAAGGCUCCUCUGACACCGAUGGAUGGUAGUGAUUAUUUCAACCCAGAGAUACGCGGAAGUGGGGAUAGUCCAGCGGGGAGCUCUAUCGGAGCAACGCCACCUAGUGCUAUGAAAGGCGCGAGAGGUCAUUUGAAACGCGCAAGCGUUAGCUUCCAGGAGCCGGUAGAAUUUGACAAGGAUGAGACAGUCCGGGGAAGAAAGUCGUCGAUGAGUCAAACGAAAUCAGAGAAACAGCAUCCAGUUGAAGAGCGCGAGAAUCGAUUGCGCGAGAGGAGGCGCAGUGAGGCGAAAGCGGCUAUUGAUUUCGGCAACGUGGUCAAUGGGCGAGGCCCACUUAACCUUGAUGAGGACAACGAGGACACCAUGAUAAGUCCGCAACUUCCACCACUCAACUUUGGAAACAAUGCAGGCGUGAACCUGAACAUGCAAAUGGGCUGGCAGCAACAGGGCAUGUCGUCACCAAUGAUGGGUGGUAUGGGUCCGAUGGGCACUAUGCCAGGCAUGCCUGGCAUGAAUAUGGGCAUGGGGCUGAAUCCAUCACAGUUUAUGGUUCCUACGCCGCCGCCAGGCGCAGAUACUGCUUUUCUUGCAGCUCAUCAGCAUGCCAUGCGCAUUGCAAAGCAAGCGUACCAAUACGCGGUUGCGCAACAAGCAAUGGCUGCUGCUGCAGACGAGUGGGAGCGCGGUUCGAGUGUUAGUGCAUUCACGGCGCCAGGAGCCGGUAUGGGCACGGGUAUGGGCGGAUACGGCAUGGCGGGUAUGAGCAAUAUGUGGGGAGGUGGAACACCAAUGUUUCCCGCUGCCCCACAAUCAAUGUAUGCGGGGAGUAACGGGAUGGGUGCCAUGAGUGAGGCGGGCUGGGGUACCGCGAGCGUUUAUGGUGAAUCAUUCGGACCAUCUGUGGCCGCCAAUGCGCGGCGCUCACAGGUUUUCAAUAACCGAAAUUCGAGUAGUGGUGGUCCAGCAAGUAUGGUUGGUUUUCCAACUUACCAACGAGCCGAGUCGACCAGUAAUAUGCCACAGAGCAAGGCCCAGCCAUCACGAGGGGUGGCGCGGCCUCGAACGAAGACAGCACCAUCCAAUAUGCCCACCCCAGCACAAUAUCGCCAAAGUAGGGGUCCGCCUUCAAGUUGGAGAGCAGGGACAUAACAUGAAUCCAUCCCCACGACAUUUUCAUUCCUUUUGAAGUACAUACCUGGCAACUUGCUUUGCAUUCAGUAUAAUUUCAUGGACUCACAACGUACACUGACUAUUUAUCCGCUGCAUUGACAUCUAUCCCUAUCCCUCAGCUAUCGUUCUUUUUAUAUCUGUCUUGGUCUCGCUGUUUCCUGGUUCCUGUUGUGUAAAUUCUGACAUUCAAGCACUUUUCCUUUCAACUCUCGUAUACCUAAUUGACCGGAAACUUUUUUUUUUGCAUUCUCAAUCAUCCUCGGGCAAACUUUCGUUAUUGUAACUGUCCAUCAAGCUAGCGACCCC